AUGUCUUCCCUUCCUCUCCCCCCACCUUCUCCUCCUCCUUCCCAAACAAUCUUCGGUCUCAACCUCUCCACCGUGGAGUCCUCCACCCGCGCCCGCUACACCCAAGCCGACAACGCCAAGCUCGGCCUCUUCGUGCGAACCGACGCCGCCUUCCUCGCCUUCCUUGAUCUCUACGGCCGCCCAACCAUCACCCACCUCCGUGCCGCCAGCUUCGAUAUCCGCGGCCUGCUCGCCAUGUUCGGCUGCACCGUCACCGCCGACACGCGCACUUCGGACGGCCGCUUCGUGCUCCCUAUCUUGAAGGAGAAGGUUUACUCGAAGCUAAAGCGCGUCUUGGAGGCGGAAGAGAAGAAUGAGAAGGAGGGAGACGGUGGAAAGAAGGAGGAGAUUGUUACUAGAGCCGGUACACUCGCAGCGAAGAAGCGAGGUGUGUUGCCUGUGGCUAAGACGAAUGGUCGUGAUGGUGCCUUGGAGUUUGCGGUCAAUGCCGUGAAUGCAAAGAAUGCCAUCAAUGCCAUCUAUGCAUUGAAUACGCCAUCGACGAUGGCGGUUGCUCAUGGCAAUGGUAAUGGCGGUGUUUGGUCGGCGACCGAGAACGACAACACCAAUACCAACAAGGGCAACUCCAACAGCCACGGCAUUGCAAACUCCCAAGGUGACGAGACCGGCCUCUUCGAGCGCGAAGACGCAACUAACAUGGGUGUUGCGCAACCCAAGAGCUUCUUCAACCGAGGCAAUGACAUCGUCCUGCCCACAACUGAGCGCAUCUUGGAAACCACCAAGCACUCCGAGUUCCAUCUGACGUCCCAAGAUCUGAGGGAUAUGAUCCAAGCUCUGCGUGCUGAACAAGACGAGAUUGCGAAGAUGAAGAUGGGAGUUGCCGAUCGGUUCAUCAGACGGGCGGGAACAGCUGAAGUAGAGGAGUAG